CCGCCGAGUGAACUGACUUGCUAAAAAGACUUUGAUUCAGUUUACUCUCACUCACUUACUCGGGUGGAGCACAUUUGAACUUUUCUUCGCUUCUUUUGGGCCCAUUAUGCUUCUGUUGUCAUGUGUGAAGACGUUUCCCCUCAAAUGAGGACAGAUCGUGAUAGUUUUAAAUUGUAUUGUUGUUGUUGGGAAGUAAGAAGAUUUACGGUCUUUGUGUGACACCAGCUCAUAAAGAUGGGGGCAAAUGAAGAAAAGCUGGAAAAAUGUGGAACCAUCUGCCUGAAGUACCUGCUCUUCACAUUUAACUUCCUGUUUUGGUUGGCGGGGGGUGCGGUGAUGGCGGUGGGCAUCUGGACGUUAGUGGAGAAGAGUGACUACAUCAGUCUGCUCUCGUCAAAGAUCUACGCCGUCUCUGCCUACAUACUAAUUGUGGCCGGGGCUAUCGUCAUGGUAACAGGGGUGUUGGGCUGCUGUGCCACCUUCAAGGAGCAGAGACGUCUUCUGAGAGUGUAUUUUGUGUUGCUGCUGUGUAUUUUUCUGCUGGAGGUUCUGGCUGGAGUUCUGGCCUACAUUUAUUACCAGCAGCUGAACGAGGAGUUGAAGGAGAACCUGAGGGAGACCAUGGUUCAGCAGUACCAUCAGCCCGAGCAGGAUCAUGUGACGAAGGCUGUGGACAAACUGCAGCAGGAGUUCAAGUGUUGUGGCAGUAACAGCUCGUCUGAUUGGAUGGAGAGUGUGUGGAUUCGCUCCAGUGCGGCUAAUGGUCGGACGGUUCCGGACAGCUGCUGUAAGAGCCCGUCCGAUCACUGCGGUCAGCGAGCUCACCCCUCAAACAUCUAUAAAGUAGAGGGCGGCUGCAUCACAAAGCUGGAGAACUUCAUUCUGAAUCAUCUGCAGAUCAUUGGUGCUGUGGGAGUGGGCGUGGCCUGUGUGCAGAUCAUUGGCAUGUUCUUCACGUGUUGUCUGUACAGGAGUCUGAAAUCGGAGCCAUACUGAACAUCUUCAGCGUCCUCCACUACACUAUCAUGUGCCAACACGUACUUUAAACUGAAGGUUUGAGGGUCACUUCCAGUCUCCUUUUGACAUAAUACUUGACAAUUCAUGAUUAUAUAUCAAAUCAACGUCCAAUGCAACACAGGUAUAUACUGUAUUAUAUAUGCACUGUUUUUAUAAUUAGUGGUCAGUCACACAUUUCAAACACUACUGAGCUAGAAACAUCAUUAUUAAUUCAAGGGAUUUAGUCACUUCAGCACAUUUGGUUGUAUUUUAUACAACAAACCUUGUAUAUACAGGUGCUGGUCAUAUAAUUAGAAUAUCAUCAAAAAGUUGAUUUA